AUGGUAGCUUCCACGAAAGCUAUUAAAAACCGUAAAAAAUCGGUGAAAAUAUCGGGAGGUUUAAAAAAACAAAAUAUAGUGCUAAAUUCAAACUUAAAAUUUAAUAAAUUUAAUAAGAGAUUAAAACAAGGUAAAAGUAAAAAUUUAAAAACUGUACAGGUUAGUACAGAAAAUGAAAAAUUUGGAGAUUUAAAGUCAGUUAAUGCACAAUUAUGUAAUCAAGAAGAAACCAAUUCAACGAAGAAGCCAAUAUCUCACCAACCUCAUAAAAAAAGUACUUGUAAAUUUAAUAGUGUGCAGUUUGCAGAAGCUAAUAACCAUGUAAAAAAUAAAAAAUCCCAGAAUGAAAAGAGUACAGAAAUAAACAGUAAUACUGUAUCAAAACAGAUUGUACAAUCACGGAAACAGAAAAGAGUAAAUAAUAUUAAUAAUGAAGAGAAUACAGAUUGUUUAAAUUUAAGUGAUUUAUCAAAAGAACAUGUGCUACAAUGUAUUAGUGUCAUUUAUCACUUGACUGAAGAACAACUGAAAAAUAAUAAUGCAUUGUUUGAUGGUGAAAGUCAGCCAGUGUUCAUGCAAGUAACAUGUAUUAGAGUACCUAAAACUCCAAAAAGAUGUAUGAGAAUAUUGUUACCACAUUCGAUAGUAUCACCAAACAAUGAAGUAGCACUUUUUGUUGGUGAUCUUCAAAGAGGUAGAAGAAAAGAUUAUGAGCCAACAGUAGAAUACUAUGAAAACUUAUUAAGAAAACAUGGUUCUACAAAAAUAAAAAGUAUAAUACCAAUGAAUCAAGUGAAAACUGAAUAUGAUCAGUAUGAAUUAAAGAGGAAACUUGUUGGUAGCUAUGAUUAUUUCCUUGUAGAUGGAAAAAUAGCUGGUCAUUUGUCUCAUUUGUUGGGAAAAGAAUUUUAUAGAAAAAGAAAAUUACCGACUUCUAUUAAAAUGCAGAGCAAAGAUUUAAAGCAUGAAAUAGAAUAUGCUUUAAAAAAAACUGUCAUGCAAAUACAUUCAUGUGGUGAUACUCAUACAAUUCAAAUUGGACAUACCUCCAUGAAAAAAGAAGAAGUUUUGAAAAAUAUAUUAGCAACAUGCAAUUAUUUGUCUAAAAACUACCCAGGAGGUUGGGCUAAUAUUCGUUCUAUUCGAAUUAAGACAUCAACUAGUCUUAGUCUUCCUAUAUAUACAACAUUAAAAAAUAAAUGCUUAGUUGAAAUGCCAAUAGUGCAACCUAAAAGACCAAAGGCAUAUCAUAAUGUAUCUGGAGAACUAACUACUAUGGCUGGAAUUGCUGCUGUAACUGUUACUCCUGAUGGAGAUAUUAUUGUUAAAAAAAAAAGAAAGAAAGGAUCUCUUCUCAAGAGAGAAAUAAAUGAAACGAAUAAAAAAUUGUAA